CCGCGUUCUGUGUAUAGGAGCCAAUAAGUUGUCAUUCACCGUGAUGAGCGCGACGAAUACGGUUUUCAAGAGUUGUUACAUACUUAGCAUAGAUAAGUCUUCGCCAAAUAUCUUUCUGCCGGAUAACGAGCCGAUUUUCGUGGGUCGCUCACCGGAAACUGGCGUUACAGACACAAAAUGUUCGCGACAACAAGUGCGUUUAUGCGCAAAUUAUACAGAGGCUAUUAUCACAGUUCAACAAGUGGGUCAGCACCCCUGUGGUUUUAACGGCUUCAGAACUCAGAAGGAUGUGAGAUUUGUGGCUAGACAUAGCGAUCAUUUGGAACUGUUGUAUGGCAAGUAUGCCUAUGAAUUUGAAUUCAACCCACCGCCACUUACAAGAAGUUUCAUAUCAAGAAAGAGGUUUUAUGACCUACAGACAAGUGAAACUGAAAACAAAGCUAAGAUGUUGAAAUUGGGCAAUUAUUCAGAUGAAGAACUGGAAUGUAACAGAGAUGAGGAAAAAUUAUCUUCGAGUAAUAUUCACCUUGAUCAGAAAACAUUGCAUACUGAAUGUAGCAUAUCUUCUGAAGAAAACAAUAGUAAUUCAAAUAUGCCUGCGAAAUGGGAAAGCAUUGACAAUGGAAAAUUAAUGAUUUAUACAGCAUCUUCUGUUCAAAAUCAAUCAAAAGUGGCAGCUUACGAUAUGGAUGGUACUUUAAUUAAAACUAAAUCUGGCCUGGUGUUUCCAAAAGACUGCAACGACUGGCAAUUAUUAUAUCCUGAUGUACCUGGUAAAUUGAAGCAGUUCCAUGCAAAUGGGUAUAAGAUAGUAAUAUUCACGAACCAAGCGGGCCUUCGCACAGGCAAAGUCAAGAUUAGUGAUUUUAAAAUUAAGAUUGAGAGAAUCGUACACAAAAUCGGUAUACCCAUCCAGGUUUUUAUCGCUGUGGGAAUAAGCAUCUACAGAAAACCGGCGAUUGGUAUGUGGGAAAUAUUAGAGAAAGAGAAGAACGGAGGUACAGCAAUCGACAAAGCGAAUUCAUUCUACGUCGGCGACGCGGCUGGUCGACCGAAAAACUGGGCCGUUGGAAAGAAAAAGGAUCAUUCCACUGUAGAUCGAUUAAUGGCGUUAAAUUUGAACGUCAAAUUUGAAACACCCGAGGAGCACUUUCUGAAGCACAAAGUUGCCCCUUACGUAUUACCUGAGUUCAAUCCCAAAAAUCUGCCUAAAGACUGUAACGUGUGUAAACCUGCAGACGCAAAUCUAACGCCAAAACAACAAGAGAUUAUACUUAUGGUUGGCAGUCCAGGCUCCGGAAAGUCGCACUUCGCAAAGCAUUACUUAAAGGAAUAUGAAUACGUGAACAGAGAUACUUUGGGUAGUUGGCAGAAGUGUACCAGCAUGGUUGAUCAGUAUUUAAAUAAGGGCAAAAGUGUAGUUAUAGAUAAUACUAAUCCCGAUCCGGCCUCGAGAAAGAGAUAUACGGAAGUAGCCAAGAAGUACAAGAUUCCAGUCCGAUGUUUUGUCAUGACGACGAAUAUAGCGCAUGCGAAACACAAUAAUAAGUUUCGGGAGUUAACUGAUCCAAACCACAUUGCAGUUAACGAGAUUAUUAUCAACUCUUACAUGAAAAAUUAUGUAACUCCGUCAUUGGAAGAAGGAUACAAGGAGAUAGUAGAGAUCAAUUUCGUUCCGAAGUUCUUAAAUGAGCAAGACCAAAGACUCUACGAAAUGUACUUACUUGAAAGUUAAGCUAAGUGAUACAGAUUGCUCGGAAAAAUAAUGAAUUAGCGAUUAAUGGGAUCAGCUCGUUGCCUGCAUAUAAAACUGCUAUUUUUAAUGUAAUAAUGUCAGCAAUAAAAAUAUUUGAUUAAUACGUAUUCA